AUGGACUCGGCGAUAGAAUCCCAAUUUCGCUCCGGCUACAUCAACGGCAGCGCCAACGGCCACUCGAGGCCUUCGUCCAAGGUCGCCACGAAUGGUACCAUUGAAGGCCUGCUGUCACGCCAGAACAAUGAGACAAGACGCGUGGGCUUGUUCGGGGACGAAGAUGAGGAAACGGACUCGCAUACCGAGUCAUCCGUCACAAGCCCGUCGUCGGUAACAUCGCCUCCGUACUGGCUCGGCCACCAUCAGCGGUCGGUAUCCAACAUGUCGGCCGAAUCGAUUCUUCCCGACGGCGCAAUCACGAUGCACGACAACGAAGCGAGCGAUGUCAACGGUCGCAACCGAGCCUGUUGGGCCAAGAGCGUCGAGAUUACCGACUACGUCGUGGUGAACGGCAGCGCGACCAACAUCGGGGCAUUUGUCGUUUGGAACAUCAAGGUCGAGACGCUUCAAGGGAGCUACAUGAAUAUCCGCAAGCGAUAUUCCGAGUUUGACGACCUCCGCGAGAACCUUGUCAAAACGUUCCCCAACUUUGAGGCAGCCGUACCUCCGCUUCCUCCCAAGAGCGUGAUAUCGAAGUUUCGACCGAGAUUCCUUGACAAGAGGAGAUCAGGUCUCCAAUACUUUCUCAAGUACGUCAACGCGACAUGGAGGCUGCAUAUCUGUGUGCGUAUUGUGUCCGUUCGUUGCUAA